UAUUCAUGAUCACCGAGACUCGUUGCAUUGCCUGUUGCCUUGAGAUUUCACUCCUUCCUCUUUUUUGCUUAUUCACCAGUGGGAAGCGGCCAAAGGAGGAAGUGCCAGAGUGGGGAGAGCAGAAGGGUGGAAGAUGCCGGGGCUGAGUCAGAGUUGACUGGCUCCACCAAGGGGGGCUUGUGCGAAGAGAGAAUGUACCUGCUGCUGUCCUUCCUCUCCCUCUUCCAGCUCGUAGGCUCAGCUGACAUCACGGGUCCAGCAGCAGUCAGAGGCCCAGUUGGGGGCCGACUGACCGUGCAGUGUCGCUAUGGACACGAGUGGGAGACCUACCAUAAGUGGUGGUGUCGAGGAGCCGUGUGGAGUCACUGCCGUAUCCUCGUUCAUACUGACGGAUCACAGCGGGAAGCGAAGGGUGACCGACUGUCCAUCAAGGACGAUUGGAAAUUGCACACGUUCACGGUGACCAUGGAGAAGCUCAGGUGGAAUGAUACAGACACUUACUGGUGUGGGAUUGAAAGGACUGGAGUUGACCUUGGGGUCAUAGUUAAAGUGGCCAUUGACCCAGCACCAACUACAGUACCAACCUCCAUCACCCCCUCAAUCACCAUGUCCACUGGGCCAGCAGACACCAAAGGCCCCCUGACUGCGACCGGCUACCACUCCAGUGACAGCUCUAACUCCAUGAAGCUCAGCAUCCUGAUUCCCCUCACCGUGGCUGUGUUGCUGCUUCUCCUGGUGGUCGCCUCAUUCUUGGCUUUGUGGAAGAUGAGGCAACAGAAGGAAGCUGCUGGGGUAUCCCCAGAGCAGGUGGUCCAGCCCCUGGAAGGGGAAGGGGACAUCUGCUAUGUAAACCUGGCCCUGCAGUCAACCAGCACCUCCCACAAGUCCUCCCAGAAGAAUGGCUGCACAAAGCCCUCCUCCUCUGGCCAGGAUGACCAGCCGGAAGUGGAAUAUGUCACCAUGGCCGCCCUCCCGAAGGAGGAGAUCCCCUAUGCGGAUCUUUCUUGGGAGCUUUUGAAUCAGGACGCAACCUAUUGCAACAUGAGCUUCCACGUUGCCCACGUUCCCAGCAGGAGCCACGAGGAAUCCAUGGAAUACAGCAGCAUCAGGAGAUCUAAGCCUGGGCUCCAGGCGCCCCUCGCCCACCCCACAUAAGGCCUGUGAGCCUGUUCCUGCUCUGUCUGCUUCCUGCCCCCAGUCGCUUCACGGGGACCAACGGGUGACUGAAGCCUAGGCCUGGUCUCAGGGGGCUUUCGGGAGGGAGCUGGCUUUUCUCCCAUACAGUUUGGGUGGGGGUUGGGGAUAUAUGCUCUGCAGCUGCCAAGGGAGUAAUAAUGAUAAUGAUUAUAAUAAUAAUUAACCUUUAUUUAUUGUUUACCAUAUGUGGUGAGGUGAAUAAUGGCCCCCAAAGUUACCUGCGUCCCAAUCUCCAGAACCUGUGAAUAUGGCAGAAGGAGUCACGUGGAUGUAUGACGUCAGGGAUUUUGAGAUGGGGGGAGUAUCCUGGAUUCUCCAGUGGGGCCCUAAAUGUAAUCGCCAGGGUCCUUGUAAGGAGACAAGGCCACAAGAGGAGAUGGCAGCCAAUGAUAGAGGCAGAGGCUGGAGUGAUGUGGCCGGAAAAGACAAGUGAUGGAGUGUCUAGAAGGAACCAGCCCUGCCAACACCCUGACUUUAGUGCAGUGAAACAGAUUUUGACCUGCUGGCCUCCAGGACUGUAGGAGAAUAAACUGAUGUGGUGUUAAUGAAGCCAGUAAACGUGUGGUCGUCUGUUACGGCGUCAAGAGGAAGCAGACACGUUGUGUUGCAGGCUCCUUCCCUAAAUGCUCUAUCCCCAGUAACCAGCUCAAUCCUCGCAACAACCCCAUGAGGGCGUCUUAAUUAUUGCCCCCAUUUGACAGAUGAAGCAUCAAGGUUUGGAAAGGUUCAGUGACGUACCAAGUUUUAUCGCUCGGAAGCAGAUGAGUGGAAAUUUGAACUUGGGCAUCUGGGCUCUCGAGUCCGGUGUCUGGGCCACUGUCCUGCACGACAUGUCUAAGGAAGAGGGGGUCUGUGGGCUACUUAUGCAGGGAUCAUUAAUGGGUAUUUACAGGGUGCCAGGCUUACCACCUCUGUUCUAGAGUCCUGGCAGCCUGCCCUCCAGAGUAUGUCCCGAAUCCCAGAGUGGU